GUUGUCGUAUCCAUUGGUAAAAGUUUCAUAGACACUGCAAUCAGGAAGUACAUAUUUACCUUGUACUUCUGUAUAAAUAAUAUAAAUACAUUACAUAAUAUAUUACAUAUAUAUAUAUAUAUAUAUAUAUACAUACACAUAAAAGUAAGGCUAUACUUUGAGCAUUUAUAGUUCCCCCCUUGUUCCAUGACCAAAUUCAUCCCCAUCGUACCUAAAGAAAGGAAUGACGUCUCAAAAGCAAGGAUAGAGAAAAAAGAAAAAUUGUGGAAAAUAAUUAAAAAAGUAAAAGUAAAAAAAGAACAUCCUAUCGAAGUGACAAUGUGCGAGAUGAAUUAUUAUUAUGUGAAAGAACAGUGCCUGUAUCUCUUCAGUCACUAGUCGAGAUUGAUUCCUGUACGUAGAAAAAAUCUGUAGCUUCAGUUCAUGUUUCGCGAGUAUUUUUAAGGGGAUCGAGGUGAACCGAUGAAUCUAUCGAUCCAUAACAUAUGAUCCCAAUGAAAUCCUUAGAUCCGUUUCUGAAUUCAGCUCGGUGAUCAUGGGUACCCGUGAUUUCAUCUAAUCGUUAAAAACCCAUGUACCACGCUACCUGAAAUGAAACUCCCCGAAUGUUUAUUCUCUUGAAACGCCGAUGUAUCGCAAAAUACAAUCCAAUUGGACGUCCAUUGAACAUAUGUUAAGAUGUGUACCUGCAUAACGAAAUAUUGUAUUUUCGAUGCAGUGGCAUUACAGGAGAUUAAUCAUUCACAAAAUUUCAUUUCAACGAUGAGUUAUAUGGGUUUCUGAUCGUUAAAUGAAAUUCAAGGAUACCCCUGUAAAUGCAGCAUAAGAAUUUCGCUGAGAUAUAACCUUUACUGGAUUCUAUCCUGAGGUGUCCGACCUGUAUCAAAUAUAUACCUGGUGGGCAGAAACAAAAAAUCUCCAAUAUAAAUUGCGCCUGUACGUGUAAAACUAUAUAUUUUAUCUUGUCUUCUCGAUAGUAUAUGCAAUUUUUCUUUAUUUUUCUUCCCAUACCGAUGUUUCGUUACACUCCGUGUUAAAAUUAAUACGGUGCGCACGAGUCGCGCAGGCGCAUGCGCAAAAACGUCCCCGCAGACGAGGGAUUUGUCCUCGAAGUGGCGGGAAUUUAAAUCUUUGCUUUUUAGUUAGAAUUUCAAAUUCUUAGAUAGGAGGAAAUGGCCUAUUAUAAUAAUGUAUGUACCUACAGGGUGUUGCGGGAUGCGAGAGAGAUUCAUUACUGAAUAUGGUAAUUAAAUAUCUAAAUAGUGAGAGCGACGAAAACGAUUGCGUGGUAUCGAUCGGUUGCGCUUGUGUGAAUUAUCGUGAAUAUUUAAAUCGCGUUUUCGUUUUCUUGUCUCUCAGUGACGAAAGGAGUAUCUUUCCCGUUAUUGACGGUGGACGUCGGCAUUUUCGAAUGAAAUGAAGCAAAAAAAAGUAAAAAAAAUAAGAGCCCUGUAUACUAAUUGUAUUUUGAAAUCAUUGUAACACGUUAUGGAGCGCGCGGUACCAUACAUUUGUAAAGAGUAAUUAGUUAGCUCGCGAUGACGUUAAUUCACAGACGACAUCUUCCAAAAAAAAUUAAUAAAGGAUCCUGAUAAUGAUCAAAUUAUAAGACAUACAAAGCGAGAAAGAAGUAUAAACGGUUAGCAUCAAUCUUUCUCCAAGUACCUAUUUACCGAUUUUAUUGUAUCGCCGUAUAUACCGGUUAAGAGGUAUUGCGAGAAAGAUGACGAGUACGAGAGAGAGAGAGAGAGAGAGAGAGAGAGAGGUAGUAGUCAAAGAAGAGAAAAAUCGAAUAGACAUUUUUUUCGUAAUAUAUAAAUUUUCCUAGUACGAUCCGCGAAUGCGAUAGAAAAAAAGUCGCAUAUUGCAUAUUUUAAAAAUGAUGCACGAAAAAAAAGUGUACUUUAUUAUGAAAAUGACGAUUCCUUGCUAAGGCGUACAUAUCUAACUGCAUAAUCACACGCAUAUCUAUGUAAGUACGUCAUAUACCGAUAUAGCGCGUGGGCGGCAGAUUGUGAUCGUUAGAAUUUCAUUUUUGAGGUUAUAAAAUCAUAAAAGUCUCGCCUGGGGCGUCGCGCGCGUUAUUAUUUCGCGCGAGGGUUUAUGAAAAACGAUGAAAGUGGGGCAGGGAUAACGAUGGUAAAUGAUAACGAUGUUUUUUUCCGUCUGCCGUGAGUGAUAGUACAGCUGGAAGUAGAAAAAAAAGGUAUUGCGUAAUUGAUUUAUCCGGUGAAGGUAUGCUUGUAUUUUUCACUCUUGUUAUUCAUUCUUCGUAAAGCAUUGCGCGCGCACUCGUGCUUUCGUGGUAUGUAAAAUUAAAGGUAGCAAAAAAACAUGAAGGCUGGACAAGCAAACGAUAAGUAAAGAUAAACAUGGCCGCUCCCGAGUUACGUUAGCUUACGAUUUUUUGUCUUUCAAUAAGCGCGACUUUGCACACGUUAAUGCUCGUGUCGAAGGAAUCCUAGGAUGAUGCAAAUUUUGUCGUCGACAGCCAGAUAUAUAUGUUAUUUCGUAACAGUCGAGAUUUCGAAGGAUCGUUAAGAAAGAGGACAGAAUUUUCCAUGUAAAAUAUAUACCCUAUGUAGCUACGUUAUUUAAUAUCGUUAAGGUAAAGAAAAAAAAAUAAAGAAAAAAUAAAAAUAAAAGUGAUUAUUCAAAAAGUAUUCGCAACGGUACGUUCAUUAGCCCCUGGCGCCAUCCAGUGACAAACUGUGUGACUGCAUUGAAAAAAAAAAAACGAAACAGCAAUAGCUGCGAUGAAUCAUUAAAAUUACGUAAAAUAAGCAACGUAGAUUGGUACGAGGACGGACUGAUUGAUUUGAUGAUUAUUUUAUAACCUGUGUUAAGUUAUCACCUAAAUGCAACAAUCAUAACAAAGGAUUUCCCCAGAUAUAUGCCUGCGGGGUGGGAGAUACAGUCGUGUAAGGCAAAAGUUAAUUGGUUCGGCCGGAUUGCGCGAUUAACAGUUGUUUCAAGCUAGCAGCGGCAGCAUCAGAGCCAACGCUAGAAUAGCGCCCACGCCAAAGCUAGCGUUAGCGCUACACUAGCGCCUCUAGUUGAGUAAAAAGUAAAUUGUCAGAAGUAAAGAAGCGAAGCAGGUCACCAUUUUCCUGCAGUUAUCGUGAAAAGAAAAGGUGGAUCGUGCGACAGUAUAAAAGAAAACGACGUUGAGGCCCCGUUGGGUAAGAAUGUAAAUUGCCGAUAAAAUCCUUUUUCACGUCGAAUGGCAUACGCCGUUUUAUGUCAAGGGUGGAUAUUCAUCAGUGACAGCUGUUCGCUUCCGAGGGUGGCGAAUGACAAACCUUUCGACAGAUCUAAUAUUACAAUCAUAAACGAGAGCAUCGACCAAGAUAAGAAUAAAAAUGAAAGGGCCAAUAAUUUUUCUUUGAUCGAUAAUGACGUACAGAGCAGCUCCAUAACUUUCACUUAUCAAGAAACAAAGAUACAGAAUAAUGAAUAAUCGUUAGGUUGACAUCGAACGUUACGCUCGCAUUAUCGCGAAGAUCGGACAGUGAACGAAGAGUAAUAAAUUCCUCAUUCGUGCUGAAACUUAGCGAAAAUGAUGAAAUAUACGAAAAAAAAAUUUGUUAUUCAAAAUCCUUGUGAAAUGGCAGAAGAUACCAACAAUCGAUAUCCGGUUAUCGAUCACGAAACAGCGUCCAUUCUCUCGAAGGAAGAUUGCUAGCAUGUUAAACGAAGUGAUCCACGGCCGACUUUCCCGAAGAAGGUAAAAUUCAUCCAACAUUCCGCAGCGGAAUCCACGCGGACGUCGAAUUCCUAACCACUCAUGGGGAUACACGUGGCCAUACACUAUACAACAAAGUGAAAUUAACGGAUCCCGAGAUACCGGAUUUCCAUUGCAGAAACAUCAGUAAUACAGAAGACAAUGGACCAGUGCAGAACUACAUAAUAUUUUCACUGGAAAUCCUGCCUUAGGAUAAUACCCAGGAGACAGCAAUGGAAAUGGUACUGAGAACAUUGGCGAGGAAGAUGCAUUGAGGAUUGACUUACAAAUCACCAUGGAGACUCUGUAUACGGGAGCCAUCCAUGGUUUCCCUCACACUGGCGGAAUUGCUGGUGGAAUAUCAAAUGGAAUUGCUGGAACACUCGAUAGAGAUGGCGCCCUUAGUCUUAUUGUUGUUCUUGGAGGGAGUUUGUCGCUGGUUGCUCUUGUUUUUGCAUUUAUCACCUACAGCCUCUUCUCUGAUCUGAGAAGUCUUGCCGGCACGACCCUCAUGAAUCUUCUGGCGGCUCUGUUUAUGGUACAGCUGCUCUUCAUUGUCGGAGUCGGCGGAGUUCAGGAUUCAGAAUUGUGCAUCUCUCUUGGACUCAGCCUUCAGUACGUGCGUGUCUCUGUCGUCUGCUGGCUUGCUGCUAUGUGUCAUCAUCUUUAUGCAACUGUGGCAUCUUUACCAUGCUGUGACGAUGCACCGGCUUAUCUGAAAUACAGCAUCUUUGCCUGGGGUGCACCCAUGAUCAGCUUUGGCCUAGCUAUACUUUUGCAGCGUCAAGAGAAUCAUGAUUUUUGGGACAUUCAUGAUCUUACGCCAUUUAAUUGCUGGUUCUUGGGUUCUAAGGCUACCGUUUAUACUUAUGGUAUACCAGUAGUUCUACUUCUACUCGUCUCUGGAUAUUACCUUCUCAAGGCAGCCAUUGUAGCAAGGUACACGUGCAGUAUGCAGCUGGAGGUGAAGCGGCGUGAAAAAAUGAAAAGGAGACGAGCACUGCAGUUGGUACUAUUUUUGAAGGUCAACCUUAUCAUUGGAUCCGUCGCUGGUUGUGGAGUAGCGGCACGCGUUUGGGAAAUUCCAAUUCUCUGGGCUAUAUUCUGCACAGGACACUCAUUGCAGGGUCUGGCUGUCGCUCUGUCGGUAGCCUGUAACUGUAGGGUACUGAAGGUCUACGCGAGAAAAGCUCACAAGCAACCAAAGCAUCAGAUUGCUAAGUCGUCCAGUAUGCAAUUACUGGCACCGCCCCCGGAUCCGGUGUAAAUAAAAAAAAUUUACGUGUUUAAAGAAACUGGAUUUGAGAAAUUUCAUUUCUGGGAUAUUAAAGCCAAAGAAUAUCAAAAAGAAUGAUGGGGGCUUUUCACGAUUUUUUUCAUCGAGUUAAUAUUACGGAUUUAUACUUUACCCUAUAUCGGCAUCCGAUAGCUUGAGACCCAUGAACAAGUAUUGCAAUACAAAGUACAAAAAUUAUACUUUGAAAAAGAAGAAGGAUGGAGUCAUUGCUGCUGAAAGACAAUGAGAGAAAUGAAAUAUAAAGAAAUUAUCAUAUUAAAAUCGUCCCCUCUGUCAAUGGACAAUCAAUAGUCCAUAAUAAUGAUACCAACGAUAUCAUUCACACAUCCUUCUCCAUAUGAUACUCAUAAUCUCCAAUCCGUCAUGAGUCAUGGAUAUGAAAGAUACAAAAAAAUGGUCCAGCAGCGGAUCAACAUAUCAGCAUAAAAAUUUAUGUAAAAUUUUGAAUUUUUCAUUUGUCCCAAGAAUCAACGGUGCGUAGAUUAAUAACCACAGCCACAGGGAUUCAUUAAAAUGGAAAACUGAUUGAUGAAUGAAUCCUAAAAUAAUAUUAAAAAUUAAUAUACUUCUAUCCUGAUAUUAUUCUUUUCGCAAUCCUACUUCAAUUCCCUGUAGAUCCUAGGAAAACAAAAUUUUCUCUCUUCCGGGAUGUUCAAUUAAAAGAGGUUGGGUGUCCUGUCUAUUCCUUAAGGAAUUCCUUCAAUUCUCUCAGGAUUUAGUAAAAGUCUACUAAGGCACAGAUUAAGAGCAGUCGAAUCACGUGGCUCUUUGUCUUAUUUUCAUAGUGACUUAGUCUUCUACGCUACAGUAGUGACAGCACUGAAAAAGAUAUCGACGUUAUCCUCGAGGCGAAUCGGCUGUUUAGACAGAAAUAAUGUGACACUUUUUUUCAGAUAUCCUUUUUGUCCCUUACCAUUUUUCGCUUUGUUUAUGAAUGCCAUAUUUUCUAUCUUUCUGUCCACUUUCAAAAAGGGUAAAAUAGUUUUGAUUAUUGUGAUAGACAUUUCAAUUUUUUUUAUCAAUACUCGAUUAAGUAACUUUCAGGCAAUGUAAUGUAAUUAAUACAGUGUAUAUUCGUGUAAUAAUCCAGUAAAGACAAAUAAAUAUUUUGAAAGCGA